AAACUCGAAGUCUGCUCUGUUCCGCUUAAGCCCUAACCUAAACCUCUACGUUUACAGUCUCUUCAGCCUCCGCGCGUGCUCUCUCUCUCUCUCUCUCCACCGCCGCUGCCAUGGUGAAGCACCCCGCCGCCCCGGUGAAGCAUAAGCAUUACAGGCCUGCCGGAAAGAAGAAGGAAGGAAAUGCCGCGAGGUACGUCACCAGGUCACAAGCUGUCAAGCAGCUUCAAGUCAGUCUUCCCCUCUUCAGGAAAUUGUGUAUUCUAAAGGGCGUGUUCCCUCGGGAGCCGAAGAAAAAGGUGAAAGGAAAUCACCAUACCUAUUAUCAUUUGAAGGAUGUUUCUUUCAUUCAGCAUGAACCGCUACUCGAGCGGUUGAGAGAGAUAAGAGCAUACGAAAGGAAAGUAAAGAAAGCCGAUGCGAAGAAGAACAAGGAACGGGCUGCUCUCCUGAAAGAGAGAAGGCCCACUUACAAAUUAGAUAGAAUUAUUUUGCAGAGAUAUCCAAAAUUCGUUGAUGCGCUCAGAGAUGUAGACGACUGCCUCACAAUGGUUCACCUCUUUGCGGCAUUACCUGCUAUUGAGGACAGAAUUGAUGUCAAACGCAUUCAUAACUGUCGAAGGUUGAGUCAUGAAUGGCAAGCUUACAUAUCUCGGACUCAUAAAUUGCGUAAAGUCUUUGUAUCUGUUAAAGGCAUAUAUUAUCAGGCCGAGGUUAAGGGGCAAAAAGUCACAUGGUUGACCCCUCACCCUUUGCAGCAAGUUUUGACUGAUGAUAUUGACUUCAAUAUCAUGCUAAACUUUUUGGAAUUUUACGAGGCUCUUCUUGCCUUUGUGAAUUGUCAUUUAUAUCGUUCCAUAGAUGUGAAGUACCCACCGAUUCUUGAUUCUCGAUUGGAAGCUUUAGCAGCAGAACUUUAUGCACUAGCACGAUACCUUGAUGCAAAUUCUCGGUCCGCAGUGUUGGAUUCUCAAGCUGCUAGUUUGUCUGGAUCUGGGAAUGGUGAGAACAAGAAGAUUGAGACUUCGCUUGAAGAGUCUGAACUAAGACUUGCUCAACUUCAGCAUCAACUGCCUUCGAAUGAACCAGGUGCCUUGAUGCACCUUGUUAAAGAUGUUUCUGGCGAGGAUGAAGAGGAUAAUGAUACAAAGGAGUGUAAGCAACUCUUCAAGGAUAUGAAAUUUUUCUUGAACCGUGAGGUUUACAGAGAGUCGUUGCUUUUUGUCAUUCCUGCUUUUGGUGGCACUGUUUCCUGGGAAGGUGAUGGGGCUCCAUUUGAGGAAGCUGAUGACAGCAUUACCCAUCAGAUUGUUGACAGGCCAAUGCAUGGUCGUCAGACCCUUGCCAGGGAAUAUGUUCAACCACAAUGGGUUUAUGACUGUAUAAAUGCUCGGAUCAUUUUGCCAACUGGGGGUUAUUUGGCGGGCAGGGAUCCUCCGCCACACUUGUCACCAUUUGUUGACAAUGAGGCAGAAGGUUAUGUUCCUGAUUACGCUGAGACCAUAAAAAAAUGGAAGUCUGCUGGUGAAGUCCUCCCCCUGCCAGGUGUGGGACAAGAAGAUUUGGAAGAUCCUCAGAAUUUACUGUCUGAAGGUGUUAUUGACCGAGCAAAAGCAAAAGAAGCUGCAGAGAGAAAGAAGAAGAUGAUGGCUCUUGAAAAGCAGUAUCAUGACGAAUUGAAUAUGGAGCUUCAGGGCAUCCAACAUUCAUCAUCUACCUCGAAUGUAGAUAAUCAGAACUCUGCCAAGGAAACCACCGAGGAUAUGGAAGAGUUUGAUCCUGAUACCGAUCGUGACAAUAUGUCUAAAAUGUUAAUGUCCCGUAAGAAGAGGGGUGUUCUUGAAGCUAUGGAGAAAGGCAAAAAGCGAAAGAAGGACCAUGUUGAUGUCAUCAGAGAACGGAAGAGAAAACUUAAAGAAUCUAACAAAUAAGCGGGCUAAGGCAGUCAAGAAGUCUGCGUCAUACGGUGUUGUUAUUGACAUGCUGUUUUCGGAGCUCAAAAGUCUGGAGGGUGUUGAUGCCGCCGUGGAAAUUUUUGGGUUUGAUUUUGUUAUUGACCGAGUGACUUCUGUAAUCUUUAGUUAUGUUUGAACGUUGAACUUUUAAGCUGUUGUCCAAGCAUAUUAUCAAUACAAACAAUUUAUAAUUAUCGCUAA